AAUGAAGUUGCCAUUUAGGAGAAUAAUAAUCCUGUUGGCAUUGCUGUUUGUGGGGUUCCUACUAAUUGAGAGAGCAGCUGCCCGGAGUGUUCCGGAAUACAUGCCAAACGAAACGAAAAAUUCCAGUGUCGUCGAAAGAAAGAUUAACGCCACUGAUUGGGCCAAGGUGCGGAGAGAGCAAGGUCAACCCAUAGAAGAAAUGGCCCCCGAUUCCCAGUUACCUCAGUACCCAUAUUUCAGCUCAAUCAAGCACUUGGCCCGCACUAAUAAGAGCAGUCUCAAUAAUACCAAUCUCACUUCCACUGAGCCGUCUAUACCCUUUGGCUUCGACACAUCGCAUCUGCCCUGCGAUUUGGAUUCGGGGGGACGAGAGUCCGUUGUGUGGGCUUUUCCAACUUAUUGCGUCUGGGCAUGGAACAACAAAUACAACGAUGAAAAGAGCUAUCGCGUCUUCAAGAUCUUUCAACUGGAGGGCUUCUUCUUUGGCCAAUACUACGAGCGUUUAAAGCGCUUCGAGAUGGAUCCGAAAGUAUGGGAUUAUACGAAAACAGGAGUCUCAUAGAGAAUCUUCUAAGGGCAACAUUUAAAUUUUCUGUAAUACGGUCUACGAUGGUUAACGCUUAUUUAAGCCGUGUUAAAUUUGUUGUUAUGUCAAAAUAUAUGUAUAUAUGUGUAUCGAAA